AUACAUUUCCUCCCCAAUCUUCAAGCUGUUGGGUGUUCCUUGCUUUUGGGAGGUGCUUUAAAUCUGACUGCCAGAGCCGUGGGCUGCUGAGAGCAGAAGCUGCCUGCACGAUGCUGAGCUCAGGUCUUCCUCCCGUUCUCCUGGUGCUCUCAGUGCUGGAGCUGAGCUGGUCCCUGAGUGAUGAAGAAAAGAAGAUCAUCUUGGAUGAGCAUAAUAGAUAUCGCUCCCAGGUCUCUCCUCCUGCCAAGGCUAUGAUGAAGAUGACCUGGGACAAGGAGCUGGAGGUCCUUGCUCAAUCCUAUGCAGAGAAGUGCAUCUGGGAUCACAACAAGGAGAGAGGCCGACGGGGAGAAAACCUCUUUGCUAUGGCUCCAACCCUGGAACUAGAAUUUGCCGUGGAAGACUGGAAUGGGGAGGAGAAAUUCUACAACUUGACAACAUCCACAUGUGUGCCCGGGCAGAUGUGUGGCCACUACACCCAGGUGGUCUGGUCAAACACACAUCAGAUUGGCUGUGGGGCACAUUUUUGUGAGAAGAUCGAUGGAAUUGAAACAGAGAACAUGCACCUACUUGUUUGCAACUAUUAUCCCCCGGGUAACAUGAAAGGCAAAAAGCCCUACACGGAAGGACCCUCGUGUGAAACGUGUCCCACGGGCACAGUCUGUGUGAACAACCUGUGUGAACUCGUUGUAGAAGAGACCACUCCGGCCUCUGUGACUGCAAAGGCAAGGCCAUCCACCCCAGCCACAGCCAAACCAGAGCCCACAGCCAAACCAGAGCCCACAGCCACAGCCAAACCAGAGCCCACAGUCAAACCAGAGCCCACAGUCAAACCAGAGCCCACAGCCACAGCCAAACCAGAGCCCACAGCCAAACCAGAGCCCACAGCCAAACCAGAGCCCACAGUCACAGCCAAACCAGAGCCCACAGCCACAGCCAAACCAGAGCCCACAGCCAAACCAGAGCCCACAGCCAAACCAGAGCCCACAGCCAAACCAGAGCCCACAGCCACAGCCAAACCAGAGCCCACAGCCAAACCAGAGCCCACAGCCAAACCAGAGCCCACAGUACCAGUUCACAGCACAGCUGAACCAGAGCCCACACAAUCAGUGUCUACCACAACCAAGCCAAAACCUACAUCUGCACUUCCAGCCACAACCACAGCCAGGCCAUCACCCCCAGCCACACUCCCAACCACAGCCAAGCCCAAACCCCCAGCACAGGUACCCUUCAGCACAGCCAAGCCAAAACCUGCCAGCACGGUCCCUACAACCUCAGCCAGGCCAAAACCCACAACACCAGCAGCCACCACAGCCAUGGCCAAACCAAGACCCACCAUGCCAGCAGCCACCAGCACUGCAUCCAAGCCAAAAGCCACCCCAACUAUGGCCAAGCCAACACCCACCACACCAAAACCCACCCUAACAACCACUGCCACUAAGCCAACUACCACCAAGGUGACAUCCACUCCCCUGAAACCCAGCACAACCACCACCAGGAAACCAACAACCUCCACACCAAACCUCACCACCACCACCAAACCAACACCCACCACACCAAACCCCACCACCACCACCAAACCAACACCCACCACACCAAACCCCACCACCACUACCAGCAAACCAACAACCUCCACACCAAACCCCCCAACCACCACUAAACCAACAACCUCCACACCAAACCUCUCCACCACCACCAAACCAACACCCACCACCACCAAACCAACAACCUCCACACCAAACCCCACCACCACUACCAGCAAACCAACAACCUCCACACCAAACCCCACCACCACCACUACCAGCAAACCAACAACCUCCACACCAAACCCCACCACAACCACCCCUACAGCCAAGCCAAAACCAACCACAGCUGUGGCCAAGCCAACACCUACCACACCAAAACCCACCCCAACUGUAGCUAAGCCAAAACUUGCUACAGCCUCAGCAACACCAACCCCCACCACACCAACAUCUACCACCACUACAGCCAAGCCAACACCUGCUGCUACAACACCAGCACCUGCCACAACAGCAAGGACACAACUGAAAACUGACACAACCACAAAGCCAGAGCCAGAAAGAUCUGAUCCUACUGAGGCAACUGGGAUCACUCUUUCCUUUGAGCCCACCAUAGACCCAGAUUAUGAAGUGUCUCCAGAGGCAGACACUGGAGAGCCUUUUAGCUCCUUUACUACAGAGGAUCCAGCCUUAUUAGAAAGCCUGGGCACAGCCUUCAGCCCCAGAUCAGUCCCAGAAACAAAGAAAGAGGUCAAAGAGGAUGGGAAAGAGAAAUCAGCCUUUUCCAGUCCAUCUCCAUCCCUCAGCCAAGCUGUGCCAGAGAUGAAGUUAGGUUUCAAUAGAGCUGAGCUCAUAACCCCCUCCAAGUCAGUGGUCCUCAGCCCUGAAGAGCCCACAUUCUUGCGCUUAACAUCAUCCUCCAAAGACAAAAAAGGGCCGAGCCCCCAUUUCCAGACCUCCCUCUCAGCAGGUGCCCUGGACACAGAAGAACUGGAGACAAACUCGGACCAGACAAGUGUGGAUCCACCCAAAGGUGGAGCCCCCAGUACCUGCUUGGGGCUUUCCCUCUUCCUCCUCCCCAGUGCCAUCCUGGUGGGCCUUCUGCUCUGAAGGGUCUUCCUCAGCUGUCCCUGCACCCCUCACCAAGGCUUUUCUCAGCGCUGGUUGUUCCACAGCCCUGGUAGGCUCAGGAGACUCCUUGGACAAUUCACACGCUCCCUCCUUACGCCGCCUUCUCUGCUGCAGCCCCGGUGAGCCAAGGGCAGCUGGCAGUCCCAGGGGAACUUUGUCCCCUUCCUGAGGAGACCUGAGGGCAGGAGGGUGUUUGCCAUAAUGCUGGUGACCUUGGACGCUUCUCCUUUUUCCUGGCUUCUGUUCCAUUUCCAGGCUGGAAGUGUUGAGCUCUCCCAUGUACCCACAAACCCAUCUGGCUGGCAGGCCCUGCCACAGCGUGACCCUGGGGACAGAGGGUGACUUGGGGACAGUGAGACAUGGUGCUUGGCUUUGGUGUUUGUAGAUGAGACAUGGUGCUUGGCUUUGGUGUUUGUCAGGAUGAGUUUCCAGCAGAAAUGCUCUUUUCCUUCCCAAUGUGUUUCAGUUUUGGACAUAUUUUAUCUCUUUCCUUUUUUGUCUAAGUAGAGUGGCUUUUUUGAGGAUUUCUGUUUCCCCCUAGUUGUGGUGUAGCUCUGGCCAGUACUACCCAGCUGAUCCCCCCUCUCCUCCUCACACUCUGCAGCCCAUGCCUCCUCCCUCUCUCCUCCUCCCUCUCUUGCUGUCUGGCACAUGUCCCAUUCCUCCCCCCAUUACUCCAGUGCCACAGAUUUAUUUUACGCGUGUGCCUGCACCUGUGUGCACGCACAGAAGAGAAACCUUCAGAGCUGAGAGAGGCUACCAGCUCCUUCAUGUGAAUUUUAUCGGCAUGGCUUCAUUCUUUGCAUAAUUUCUGUGUAUUUGAAUUAGGAUACAGAUUCCUCUUGACACGUAACUUGUGUGUGUGUGGUCAAGGAGAACAAGUCCCCACAUGUGUUGGUACAAUCUGAGCUCCAGACAUACAAGUGACAUUGUUAGAGGUUAUUGGUGGCUCCUGGGCUUGUUGCAGGAGCACUGGCAUUGUCUGGACCACUGUGUUUUGUAACCCAACAUCUCUCCUCCCUUCACCUGAGGAUUCCCAGUCUGGUGUGUUAAAUAUGUGACAAGCUUUGCAGACAAGUGGAAGGAAGAUAACAGCCCCUUCUCUGGUCAUUGCAACUUUUCAUUUCUUACAGAUGAGGUGGAGGAUGAUCUGCAGGCCAUUAUUCAGAUCCUCCACUGCUGCUCUGUCCUGUGCAUCCCCAGAGCAUGCAUUGAAUAAAUCCUGUUGUGAAAAUCUGUUCACUGUCUCUCUGGGGAAUCUGGACACCUGGGAGCAACUUAUUAUACCUGUAAAAUGCUCUUAAUUAUGUGCUUACCUGGAACUGAUAAAAGACAACAUGACUUCUGUGGGUCCUGAACAGGUUUUUUGGCUUUCCAAAAGCAUCCAUGUGCUGCUUUUUGUAAGGAUGUAACUUAAUGUUUUUAAACUUGUGUAAAAGCAGCAGGAGGCUAUGGGGAUUGAGGAUGACGUAGGGAAUUUUUCUUGAGCAUCCAGCUGAGUGCUAAGUAAAAAUGUGUCCUCACCAGGAAUUCUUGGGCAAGGGAAGCAAGAGAAAAAGAGCUCAGAGCAAACAAAGAAAUAAAAACGAUGGCA